GAUCACGAGAGUUGCAUCAUGAGCUAACAACUUCAACACGCUCUUUUACUUCAUCGCCACUCAACCCCUUCCGUGACCUUGUGGAGCCCCCAACAGUGAUCGACUGGAAACCGAAUCUCCUCGACUGCGCCAACGCGCUCUUGCACCCGCAUCAUGUGAGAGCAGCUGAUCAUCGCAUGUCAACUCCGUCGCUAAUCCAUCCCAGGUAUCCUCUCCGUCGCGCUGCCCUCCGCGCGGUUCUUAUCCAACCUUCUCGCCAUAUCUCCGCCACUCGACCGUUGAACACUCGACUGUCUAUUUCGCAGUCCUCCAAGCCUACAAUCUACCGUGCAUUCCAUCAAUCUCGGAUAUCGCGAGCAGCAGAAGAUGAGACCAAGGUCGUCACCGAAGAGCUGGCGAAUGAGGCGGUUGAACAAGCCGAAGUAGCUAGCACAGCUGCAGAGACUGCGCAGGUCGCCGAAGAAGUAGUCGAUGGCGCCGAGUCUGCCAAUCAGGCCGCCGAAGCCACAGAACUCGCUGAUGAGGCGGCUGAAGAGGCAAUCGGUGCGGCCGAGGUGGCGGAUGCUGCUGCUGAGGAAGCCAAUGCCCCCCGCGCUGGUCGCUACGAAGCUGGAGAAUUGGCCGCUGCCGCUGCCGAGUCUGUGAGUGAUGAAUUAACUAGAUGUGCGGAACAAAGCUAACCCACCGCCACCUAGGCCUCCUUCGCUGCCGGCGCCGCCGCAACCUCUGCCAGGAACGCCUCAGCGAGACCGCGAGCCCCACGAGACGGCGCUGUGAGCUUUCCCCCGCGAACUGCUACUGGCAUACCCGACCCCCGCAUUCUCUACAUCGGCAAUCUGUUCUUCGAAGUCACCGCAGACAGCCUGCAAGCGCACUUUGCCAAGUUCGGCAACAUCACCAAUGCACGCAUCGUCACCGACCCGCGCGGUCUAA